AUGCAUAUUUAUAACAGUGGGUUGGAAAUAAUGCUCAAGAGUACUAUCAUACUUAUACUGAUAAAAUGGAUCGGUGGUCAGGAGAUGUUAGAAAAUACUCGAUGUAAUCACUAUCCUAACAGAGGUACUUGUGAAGAUCGUGGAUUUACAACAAAGUGGUACUAUGAUCGAUAUGCACAUCGAUGCCGAGAGUUUCAUUAUGGUGGUUGUGAGGGCAAUGAAAAUCGUUUUGACUCAUUUGAAGAAUGUAGUCAAGCAUGCAGGUACGAACCUUUGGAUGACCCUAGGAGAAGGUGUGUUCAACCACAUGACCCCGGUACUUGUGCUGGUAACUUUGAACGUUGGUAUUUUGAUAUGCAAAUACGGCAAUGCGUCUGCAGCUGGUGGUCAGGAUGCGGUGGGAAUUCUAAUAUGUUUUACUCUUACACGCACUGUAUGUCAGUUUGUGGAAUUUACGCAGAUAAUCGCACUUCCGAAACUAAAAUGACCUUUCGACGAUUCAUUCCUGAAUCCAAAAGCAGUCAUUAUGUAAAUGACUUCUUGAAACUUUUGCUUAAUGAAGCUAUGUCAUCAGGAGAAGGACGACAAUACAGCAAUUUAUUUGCAAGUUCCCAGGCUGAUAAUGAUAAAGGACUUGAGAGAAAACAGCACAGCAGACCACUGCCCGGAAAGAGAAUGCGGACAAUGAAUGUACGAAAUAGCCAAGAUCGAGGUGCACAGCUAGCCAGAAGAUACCGAUAUCUACUUAAAUACAAUCCAUCGCAACAUUGGAGGAUGAUUUCAAAUCGUUUUAAACAAGAACCGGGGCAAGGAUAUAGUACCCGUAUGAUUGUACGUAAACGUGGACGUGUGUCUGAAACUUCCGAUGGAGUGCAGAUGACGCAGGAAUAUCGGGAAAAAGUGAGGACCAACGAAGCACAAGAUUAUGGACAAACUGGACAGUCAGGAGGACAAACUAGUUAUUCAAGACCUCGAGAAGUACCAGGAGGUAGCCAAGUUAUGCCUCAAACGGACUCUUUUGGCACGGCUGCAACUCCAUCACCUGAACAUCUUCAUACAAAACACAUGGAAACAUAUAUUCAACAAAUGCAGGCUUAUGAAAAUGCACGUGCUGAAGCUUUACGGGAGCGUGAGAGACUAAUACAACAACGUCGUCGUGAUGAAUAUGAACGGGCAGUGAUGUAUGAGCGAGAACUGCAACGAUAUCAGCAAGCUGUUCAAUCGGCGCAAAAUCGCGUACCGAAGGAACGAAUAGUUGAUACAGAUGUCUGGAGACAACAGCAACGAGUAUCACCACAAGAACAAUACUUGGCCUCAAGACAAGAUCAAACUGUUACAUUCUUCAAUGGGUCUUUGCCAGCAAAUCUCAUGACUUCUGAAGAAAUUAGACGUGCAAAGUUGAAGCAUCGCAAACUUCUGAAUUUCGAAAAAUUGAAGCAAAUAGAAAAAAAUCGCAAAAUACUGAAAACAACUCCAAAACCGCUUCAACAGUUGUGGUGGAUGCAAGAUCAACAGCAACAAAGUCAGACUCAGUCAGAAGAAACUGUUCAAAAACAACAACAGUUGCAAAGGCAAAGUUGGUCAAAUCAACCGGAACAGUCGGAGAGAGAUAGUCAAGGUAAUCAGCUUAGUCCUGAAUACGGAAGAGAGCUAUCUUAUUCAACUGAAUCCGAACAUCAGCAACAUACACAAUACUCUCAAACUCCCUCUGAUUCAUAUCAAGUGCAAGCUCAAGAUCAGCAAAAAGUAACUACCGAUAAUGGCAGUAGUAUGAGUGUUGCCAACGAAGCCUCUGGGAAAGUGUCCCAAUUUGAUGACCGUUCAAGUUUUGAAGAACGUUUUCCGUUUGAAAUGGUUGUCGCUGCAGAUCGAGUUCCAGAUCAUCAGGAUGCUCAUAUUGAGGAAACGGUAAGUGCCAGACCGUCAUCAACCGAAGAUUUUGAUGAAGAGAAGCAGUUGGUCACAAUUGAAGAUUACGAAGAUGAGAAUUAUGCAUAUGAUCAACAAGCUGAAAACGGAGAUCAAGGAUCAACUUUUCCGGAACACACUCCAGCAGAACUUGUUGAAGGACAAUGGACAUUGAAAAUAGCUGUACAACCUACUUUUCCUUCCUCAGUUAUUUCCCGUCCCACGGAUCUUUCUAUUAAUAUGCAGGAAAUAGUUACAGCUACAGCAGAAGCAGUAGAAAAACAAAAGGAAUCGAAAACGGAAACCGAUGUGAUAUAG